UUGUAUUGGAGAAUGGAGGUCGCGUAUAUUGUAUUCAUAUUAUCAUUCAACAUUAAAUAUGCGUAUUCUGCAACAGAUACAUCGGUGUACCUUUUGAACGACGGGCAUAAAAUACCGACCGUCGCUCUGGGGACCAGUCUGGGACAUUUAUCUGAUGGAACACGGGUACUCCCAGUCAACCAUUCACUAGCGCGCGCGGUACAAUGGGCGCUGGAGGCCGGGUACAGGCACAUCGACACCGCCGCGCUAUACAGGGUUGAGGACGAAGUCGGCCUCGGUGUACAACACUAUAUUGAGGACAACAACGCGACGAGGGAAGACGUGUACAUCACUACUAAGUUAUGGAACGAUGCACACGAUAUAGACGAGGUAAUUCCUGCAUUGAAAAAGUCUUUGGACGAUUUGAAGAUGGACUACGUGGACCUGUACCUGAUGCAUUACCCCAUGGCGUACUCGAAAAAUGGAUCAGUAAAGAACACGGAUUAUAUAGAGACUUGGAAGGGUCUGGAGCUCGCUAAGGGCCAGAACCUAGCGAGGUCAAUAGGUGUGUCUAACUUUAACAUAACCCAAAUGAAGAGGCUCUGGGAGAAUAGUACGGUUAAGCCCGCCGUACUCCAAAUUGAGGUAAACCCAAGUAUAACCCAGGUAGAACUGGUGGAUUGGUGCAAGGAACAUGGUGUAGUGGUGAUGGCUUACAGCCCUUUUGGUGGUAUACUUGGGAGGAAGAAGGACGCACCACCGCCUCACGCAGACGACCCGACUUUAGUCGGUCUGGCUAAAAAGUACAACAAAACUGUACCACAAAUACUGUUGAGGUAUUUGCUCGAUCGUCAGUUGGUAGCCAUUCCACGAUCAACAAAUAAAGAUCGAAUAAAAGAGAACAUUGACAUUAUGAAUUUUUCCCUGACUCCGGACGAAGUUGAAAACUUGUCGAAAUUCAACAGUGAUUACCGAUUACGAACACCUGUCAAAUGGUACUCCCAUCCCGAGUUCCCGUUCGAGAAAAAGAACCUUAGCGACGCAGAAAUAAAGUACAUUAUCGAGCACAGCAAAGAAGAUUGAUCAAGAAACGAAAUGAAUAAAGAGUAAUGAAUAUAAUUUCAAUAAAUUAUUAUGUUUGAACGAGGCAUUA